AAUCGCGCUGACGAGCUGACAAGCAAGGUAAUUUGCUCGAUCUGCUUUCUCGGAUCAUUAGUUCUCCUCGAGCAUUCUACAGAGAUAGUCUGUUUGUUCGCACGAUCGUUGUUGAAAUCCAAGAGCAACAAUGAGGCUCAACAGCAUUAUACCGAAUUUUAAGGCCGAAACUACGCAAGGUCCUAUAGAUUUCUACGAAUGGCAAGGCAACUCAUGGGUAGUUAUAUUUUCCCAUCCUGCGGAUUUCACUCCCGUGUGCACCACCGAGUUGGGUCGCAUUGCCGUGCAUCAGCCGCACUUCACAAAGCGCAACACCAAAUUGUUGGCUCAUUCCGUUGACAAACUACAAGAUCACGUAGACUGGGUCAAUGACAUUAAGUCGUACUGCCAAGAUAUUCCCGGAUCUUUUCCGUAUCCCAUAAUCGCCGAUCAUGACCGCAAGCUUGCCGUGCAACUGGACAUGAUCGACGAGCAGAGCAAAGACGAUCCAGAAACCGCUCUGACGGUUCGCGCGUUGUACAUCAUCAGUCCGGAUCAUCGCUUGCGACUUUCCAUGCAAUAUCCGGUUUCUACCGGACGCAACGUCGACGAAAUAUUGCGUGUGAUCGAUUCGCUGCAGCUUGUGGACAGAAUACCAGAAAUAGCAACUCCCGCUAACUGGGUGCCUGGUGAAAAAGUAAUGAUCCUGCCGACAGUUAAAGAAGAGGAUCUCCCGAAACUCUUCCCAGGAGGUGUUGAUCGCGUAUCCAUGCCUUCCGGAAAAGUUUACGUUCGCACAACCACUAACUAUUGAACCAGAAUCUUCUCUCUACUUUUAAACACUUUGCAAAUACUCACGCUUAUUUUCUGAUCUUUUGAGUAACUUUUGUUUAUUAGCGCAAUGUGUAAACUCAAAAAGAAGUUGUAUCCAUUAAAUUUUUCUAAUACAAUUAUAUCGAUAAGAUUUUUUUAAAUAAAAAGCAGAUAACUCAGCAA